AUUUGAGAGAUAACCACAAAUAGGUGUCCAUGAAGUGAGUGAAGUGCCAUUUGAACCGAAGAGUAAUCAAUUGAUGGAAAUCGUGAGGAAUGAGUCCAAAGACCGAUUCAAUAUACUUCACGCCAAGUACUUGAAGCGAUGUCUGGAUCUGUUGCCGCCCUCUUUGGCCACUCUCGAUGUCAGCCGCUUAACCAUAGCGUUCUUCGCCAUCUCAGGACUCGAUCUCUUGGAUUGUCUUCAUUUAAUUGAAGCCCAAAAGCAGGACAUAAUUGAAUGGAUCUAUUCGUUGCAGAUAUUGGUCACAAAAACGGAAGGGGAGGAAAGGGGUCGACACGGGUUUCGAGGUUCUGGAGCCAAUGGUGUGGACAAUCCAUACGAUUGUGGUAACCUUGCGAUGACAUACUGUGCCCUCUCAUCGCUGCUAAUACUCGGCGAUGACCUGAAACGGGUCGACAAAAAGGCUAUCAUUAAUGGCUUAAGAGAGCAUCAGUUGAGUGAUGGCAGUUUUGUUCCCGUAAUCUAUGAGAAGGAAAAUGAUAUGCGAUUUGUUUACUGCGCGACAACCGUCUCGUAUAUCCUGAACGACUGGUCAGCCAUUGACCGCCAAAAGACCAUUUCGUUUAUUAGGAAUAGUUUGGUUGGUAUUGACACGAGUGUUGUGGUUAUGAGUGAACUAAUUGUAGGCCUAUUGUGUGAACAGAGCUACGAGUGUGGGUUCGGUCAGUCGCCUGGUCUCGAGAGUCACGGCGGGUCCACGUAUUGCGCUUUGGCUGCACUCACGCUGAUGGACGAGUUGUCUGCGUUGAGUGACAGACAAUUGGCUUCCAUGAAGAGGUGGUGUCUUUUGAGACAAACCAAUGGCUUUCAGGGCCGACCCAAUAAAGACGCCGACACUUGCUAUUCAUUUUGGUUGGGAGGGGCUCUCAAACUCAUCGAUGGCUUCCAGUUAAUGAACACAGAAUCCAAUACUUCCUUCAUAUUAGAGACUCAGGACAUGAUUACUGGAGGACUCGCCAAAUAUCCCGAUUCUAUUCCAGAUCCAAUGCAUACAUACCUGGGCUUAAGUGCUUUGGCGUUGAAUCCAAAUAAGAAUUCACUGCUUUCAGUGAAUCCAGCGCUCAAUAUUAGCGAAAGAGCUGUUCAACACUUAAAUCAAUUGCACUCUCAAUGGAGAGAUAAUUAG